GGAGCAAAUAAGAUAUCCUGAGGACAGCAUGGCAAAAAAAACUACGAUUCCCAGUGGUUACAGCGUCUGAGAAGCGCUGCUUUCUGGGAGUGGUAGUGUCUAGGAACUGUGUUUGAAGUAUCGGUUCGGAAGACAACCUCUUAAAAUUAAAAAGAGAUACAGUUUGAAUUGGGCCUUUCCGUAUCUUCAUAAUCGACCACAGGCCUAAAUAUAUUAAAAGAAAUUUUAAAAAUUAGGGACACUCCGGCUUUAAAACUAUGCUUCACUAAUCGAUGAUUCCUAAAUCUAGGAAUAGGUAGUUGAUGUUUGUGGGCUGGGUCUCUGUGUAAGAGCAGCCUCGUGGUUGUCUCGUUGCUGUGGAGGCCGGAGGAAGGAAAGCGGAAGCCCAGAAGACUGCAUCUUCUCGCUUAUCUGUACAAGCCUUGUGUGUACUCCUAGCCAUGGCUCAGCUCCAGACACGCUUCUUCACUGACAACAAGAAAUAUGCAGUAGAUGAUGUUCCCUUCUCAAUUCCUGCAGCCUCUGAAAUUGCUGACCUUAGUAACAUCAUCAAUAAAUUGCUGGAGGCCAAAAAUGAGUUCCACAAACACGUGGAGUUCGAUUUCCUUAUCAAGGGCCAGUUUCUGCGAAUGCCCUUGCUCAAACACAUGGAACUGGAAAACAUCUCAUCAGAAGAGGUUGUGGAAUUGGAAUAUGUGGAGAAGUACACUGCCCCUCAGCCAGAGCAAUGCAUGUUCCACGAUGACUGGAUCAGUUCUGUUCGAGGGGCAGAGGAAUGGAUCUUGACUGGUUCUUAUGAUAAGACUUCUCGGAUCUGGUCCUUGGAAGGAAAGUCAAUAAUGACAAUUGUGGGACAUACAGACGUUGUAAAAGAUGUGGCCUGGGUGAAAAAAGAUAGUUUGUCUUGCCUACUACUGAGUGCUUCUAUGGAUCAGACGAUUCUCUUAUGGGAGUGGAACGUGGAGAGAAACAAAGUGAAAGCCCUGCACUGCUGCAGAGGCCAUGCUGGAAGUGUGGAUUCUAUAGCUGUUGAUAGCACGGGAACUAAAUUUUGCAGUGGCUCCUGGGAUAAGAUGCUAAAGAUCUGGUCUACAGUUCCUACAGAUGAAGAAGAUGAAAUGGAGGAAUCCACAAAUCGACCAAGAAAGAAACAGAAAACAGAGCAGUUGGGACUAACAAGGACUCCCAUAGUGACCCUCUCUGGCCACAAGGAAGCAAUUUCUUCGGUUCUAUGGUCAGAUGCUGAAGAAAUCUGCAGUGCAUCUUGGGACCACACAAUUAGGGUGUGGGAUGUAGAGUCUGGCAGUCUUAAGUCAACUUUGACAGGAAAUAAGGUGUUUAAUUGUAUCUCCUAUUCUCCACUUUGUAAACGUUUAGCAUCUGGAAGCACAGAUAGGCAUAUCAGACUGUGGGAUCCCCGAACUAAAGAUGGUUCUUUGGUGUCGCUGUCCCUAACCUCACAUACAGGCUGGGUCACAUCAUUAAAGUGGUCUCCUACCCACGAGCAGCAGCUGAUUUCAGGUUCUUUAGAUAAUAUCGUCAAACUGUGGGAUACAAGAAGUUGUAAAGCUCCUCUCUAUGAUCUGGCUGCUCAUGAAGAUAAAGUUCUGAGUGUAGACUGGACAGACACAGGGUUACUUCUGAGUGGAGGAGCAGACAAUAAAUUGUAUUCCUACAGAUAUUCACCUACUACUUCUCAUGUGGGGGCAUGAAAGUGAAUGAUAAAUUUGACUCCAGAGAUUGUUUCUGUAAAUGAAAUUGAUAAAGAAGCUUCAGAUUACAUCAGUGACGGUUCAGAAAGCAGCCUCUUUAAGUUUAUAUAAUGUUUUCACCCUUGAUAAUAGCUAUCACUGUCUAUUUCUUUAUUUUAUAUUUAUUAUACAAUAGUUUAUGUUGUUAAAAUUUAAAUGUGACCUGCUCUCUCUGCCAUAUGCAAACUCUGAAAGUAAACUGAGUUUUUUUAUUUCCUUUUAUAGGUAUUGGUUUGAAUUAAGAUUUGCUUUUGAAA